AUGGCCGCACCCCCAAUGGACCACAAUGGCAUGUCCGGAAUUUCGAUGGAGCCAAUGUCCCAACCUAAACCAGAACAUAGUGACAUGGGAAUGAUGAUGAACACGGUUUUCGUACCCGGUACAACCACUCUGUUGGGCGCCCUUAGGCUUCGUCACCAAGCUCAUCUGGCGUGGUUGAUGUCCAAAUGGCACAACAGCGGGCUCACCACUCACCACACAAUUGACAAGCCCAGCAACAACCCAACAACUCAAGCCAGCUCCUUCCGACCCACUUGA